GAAGAGGACGACGAAGAAGAGAAGGAGGAGGAGAAGGGGUCAAGCAUGGAGCUGUAGGUACGCCGUGCUCAGAUGCUGCCCAGGAGGAGGAGGAGGCCGUGGAGAGAAAGAAGCUGCAAUGAACAAGACCAAGAGGAAGCCCAACUGUGAGAGUACCGGCGCGCUGAAGAGCAGGAAGUCACCGCGGCAGAAAGUGCCGCACAGACGCAACACAUGUCCCAAUCCGCAGGAUAUCACCCGGGCCCUGCAGGGCCCCUCGCCGGCCCCCAGCGCCAGCGCCGCCAGCCUGGAUGAGCUCAUUCUCCGCUGCCUUGGCUGCUUCGAUUCGGAGGGGAAGCUGUGCAGCCAGCGAGGGUCCCACAUGGUCCACAUGACGCUGAUGAUGCACAGUUGGGUGGUCUCGUCGCAGACCUUCGCCAAGAAGCUCCUGGCCUUGUAUAAGGACAGCCCCCCUGACAAGCCAGGCCUGAGGCGGGGUCAAGUAUGCCACCUGGUCAGGACCUGGAUCGGCCAGUUCCCCGCCGUGUUUGAGGCUGACCCCCUUCUGGAGCAGACCAUGGGGGACCUGUGGGCGUUGGUGCGAUCGGACGGGGAGGAGGCGCAGAUCAUCGACACGUCGUGCCCAAGCCCCCACGUGAACGUGUCGCAGGGCCCCUCGCCCUCGGUGAAGAAACGGAAGGUGUCGCUCAUCUUUGACCACAUGGAGCCCGACGAGAUGGCCGAGCACCUCAGCUACUUGGAGUUCAAAAACUUCUGCAGCGUUUCGUUCCUGGACUACCGCAGCUACGUGGUGCGCGGCUCGGUGCGGGACAACCCGGCGCUGGAGCGCUCGGUCAUGAUGUGCAACGGCGUCUCCCAAUGGGUCCAGCUCAUGAUCCUCAGCAGGCACACGGCCCAGCAGAGAGCACAAGUCUUCACCAAGUUCAUUCACGUAGCUCAGAGACUCCGAGUUCUGCAGAACUUUAACACGUUGAUGGCCGUCACCGGAGGCCUCUGCCACAGCGCCAUCUCCCGUCUAAAAGACACGUACAACCUUCUGCCUCCUGACGUCACCAAGGCACUGAGCGAGAUGACGGAGCUCCUGUCAUCGCGCAGCAACUACAGCAACUACCGCCGUCUAUACAGCGAGUGCACCGGCUUCAAGGUUCCCAUCCUGGGGGUGCACCUCAAGGACCUGAUCUCCCUCAACGAGGCCUUGCCCGACUACGUGGACGGCGACAAGAUCAACCUGAGCAAGCUGCAGCACCUUCACAGCAACGUCAACGAGCUCCUGGAGCUGCACCAACUCACGCCGCCGUUCGAGGCCAACAAAGACCUCCUGCAUCUUUUGACGCUCUCUCUAGAUCUCUACUACACCGAGGACCAGAUCUACGAACUCUCCUACACCAAGGAACCCAAGAACCCCAAGAUCCAGCCUGUCACUCCAGUGAAACCGCCGGUGGUGGCAGAGUGGGGGUCAGGGGUCACCCCCCGCCUGGACCCCGACACCAUUUCCAAACACGUCAAACAAAUGGUGGAUUCCAUCAUGAAAAACUACGCCCACAAGCAGGACGGCUACAUCCCAUUGGAGGACUUUGAGAACAUCUCCGCCAAUUUUCCCUUCUCCUUCUGCACGCAGCAAACUGACAGGCACGGUCAAAUCAGCCGAGAGGAGAUGACAUCGUAUUUUAUGCGCGGGAUGUCGGUGUGCGCCAAGCUGGGUUAUAACUUUAACGACGCUCACAACUUCCACGAGACCACUUAUAAGAGGCCCACCUUCUGCGACACCUGCGGCGGCUUUUUGUGGGGCGUCAUCAAGCAAGGUUACCACUGUAAAGAUUGCGGGAUGAACUGCCACAGACACUGCCGGGAUCUGGUGGGGAUGGAGUGCUUGAAGAAACAUAAAAGCACCAGCGGCUCCUGCCCGUGCACCCCCGCUGCUGACUCCCGAGUUAAAGGGAGUGUGUGGAGUUCCGAGGAAGAGGCCUUUGUGUUCCCCCACGGCAACGACUCCGAACACCCUAAGGGCUGCGCCCCCUUCAGGAAAAGCACAGACUCUGCGGCUCUGUGGGACCGCUCCACUCAGACGGACCCCGGGUUGUGGACCCCCCAGGAGAAGAAGGCGCGUAGGAUGUACAACCACACCAUUCCUGGACAGGCCAACACACUGCCUCAAAGGAGUCGCUCCAUGCCCAUCUCCUUCCUGCAAGAGAAGCUGGAGGAGCUUCACCUCGGCAAGGAGAAGAGCCGGGAGCCCGAUUGACCAUCGAGCGGCAGGCACAUGAACUUUCUCCACCACAAAUAGACUUUUUUUUUUUUUUGUUUCCGGUCAUGAUGUCUCUGGUGCUACGUUUCUUGGGAAUAUCACGAGCAGUUUCCGGAUCCAGGAUUGAGUGUGUGGAGGAAAAUGAACACUAAAGCAGAAUUGCCAUUCAUUUGUGUGUGUGGUUGUGUUUUGAAGUGUGGCAGCUACCACAAAAAAGCUCAAAGUGUAUGAGAGGAAAGAUGCUUUUUUUUUUUUUUUUUGACAGUUCUCAUGUAUAUGAAUCUCAUUGCUGUGACGUAAUUUGUGACUCCCCACCGAGGAGGAAGAAUUAAAAGUGAAAAAUGACAAAGUC